AUGGCAGGGUGCAUUUCGGCGAGCGGUUGGAGCGGGCUUGUCGGACUACAAAAAAACUGGCUAGCCCAGAAAAAGGCCGACAGGACCUCAACCUCCGCUGCUGCUAAACGGUGCGUUUGGGAGUGGUCUCUCCCCCCGCCGCACCCCGCCCCGCGCCACUACGACCCUCGUCCCACGAAGAACCGACCAUGGUCCCACGGAGAAGCGACCCACGUCAUGCGGAGAAGCGACCCUCGUCCCGCGAAGAAGCCAUCCUC